AUGAUCCAAUACAAGAAUGUUUGUGAUACAUUAGAAAGCAAACAUCGCUGUCACUUCGCUUGUCGGGCCACAAUGACUCGCUUGAAAUCACCGCAUGAACCUUUCAUCGCGCGUCACUACGAGCUUUCAAAAAGCUUUCAGUGGUUGAUCGCGCGCACUAUGAUUAUGAGUGUUGCCAAUAUACGUUCCGCGAUUGGAGUUAUGGCAAGUAUGAAUAAAUGUGGAAUGUUGUGUUCUGCUAUUGUGCAAGUUGACGCAAUGUCUACCACGUUAACCUCUCAAUUUGUAUGGGUAACUGUGGCGUGCCACCAAGUGCGGUUGCCAAGCGCCCGCAGCGGAAAAUUUGGCGGAAACCGAUCGACAUCGCGGCUCAAAACUAUGCAUUUUAAGUCAAAUCAAUCGAUACGCGGUCGGACGCACACGUGUGCUAGUUGUUUAUGUGCCACAAAAACCACAAAGUUUUGCGAGACUGCCAAAUGUGGAAGUACAUACUUCGUAUGA